AUGCCUAGUCAUGGUGUCCCGCGGUACAAACCCGUUGAGAAGUCACCUGAAGCACGCCAGCAAGAGCAGGAGAAGAUAGCAAAAUACCAAGAUCUUGAGCGCUUGGUCUCUAAAAAGGUGGCCGAGCAAGAAUACACAAUCGACACAUUGCAGAAGAUCUCUGAGCUACUGUCCAGCAAUCCAGAAUAUUAUACAGCCUGGAACUAUCGCCGGAAGGUCCUGCAGCACCAAUUUGCCCAAGCAGGAGGAUCAGAUGAGGCUACUAAUUCGAUCACACAGUUGAUCGAGAAUGAUCUACAGUUCCUGCUGCCCCUCCUGCGUAGCUUUCCCAAAUGCUACUGGAUCUGGAACUACCGUCUAUGGCUGCUAGAUGAGGCACGCCGCUUACUAUCUCUCCCCGAAGCCCGGCAAAUCUGGCAGGAAGAGCUCGCCCUUGUGGGCAAGAUGUUGACCCUCGACAGUCGUAACUUCCACGGGUGGGGGUACAGACGUUUCGUGGUUGAGACCUUGAAGGAGCUUGGCACGGCAGAAGAAGCGAAGAACCUGACCCAGAAGGAAUUCGAGUAUGCGAAGAAGAUGAUCGGCGCGAAUCUUUCCAACUUUUCUGCGUGGCACUACCGAACCAAGCUUAUCCAGCGGCUUUUGGAUGAGCAAGGUGCCAACGAUGACGAUCGGAGAAAGAUGUUAGAUGAUGAGCUAUCACUUAUCCACCAGGCUUUUAUCGACCCUUAUGACCAGUCGCUUUGGUUUUACCAUCAAAAUCUCAUGAGUGUGUUUGACGCGUCGAUGGCCGAACGCACCAUGGCGCCCAAUCUGAGUGCCUCCGACCGGUUGGAGUAUCUCAGAAAUGAGAUUGAAGAACUUCAAGAGAUGUUGGAUGGGGCUGAAGACUGCAAAUACAUCUACCAGGCCUUGAUCGACUGCACACUUCUUGCAUCCAAGGUGGAAGGCAACUUAUCGCAAGAAGACCGGGGUCAGAUUCUGAGCUGGCUCUCAGAAGUGAAGAAGCUAGAUCCAUUACGACGACAACGAUGGCUUGAUUUUGAAAAGGGCCUAUGA